AUGUCUCCUGCUCCUCACGCUGCCGAUUCGCAGCCAGACCGACAGUUGAAAAUCCUGGCUCGAGCUUUCGAAGCUCUACUGCUGACCACACAACAACUCAGCUUCAAACAGAAACUCUUCCAACAAAGGCUGGAAUAUGCCCAUGAUGAGUAUCUCAAGCUAGCAGGCCGAACUCCGCAAGGAAUCGAUCCGCACACGAAGAUUGUCGCAGAGAAGAUCCUGGCUCGCCAUAUUGACCUUGACAAUCCUUCAGAUCAAAGCCUAAGUUCAGUGGAUGUAGUAAAAGAUCUUUCAAAGUCUGGAAACGUAGGAGAUUCAAGUCUUGCUGUCAUAACAGAGGGGGUGGGGAUAUACAAAUCGUUCCUCAGCCCUGAUAAUGAUGGAUCAACUGGCGUGGUUGCAACAAGAGCUGGCUCGCUAGAAAGAGACUUUACCACCAAGGGCACGCGUGGAAGUCUGCGCUGCCCUUUUUCAAAACCUCAUAAUUUGUCCUCUGAAAAUGGGGUCAACGGGAUCGAAACAGCAUUGCCAUCCCAGAACGGCGAUACAUGCGGUUUCCAACAGUUAGAUCCCAUCAAAGAGGAACAGAUGGAGAGGCAGUCGAGUCAAGCUCCUUCUGCGAGUGUGCGCUCUUCGAAUCGCUGCCCUGCCUCUCGCUGUCCUAUUAGGUUCCUAGACCAGCAUAGUCCGGAAGAAAUUGCCGACUAUGUUGAACGGCACAAGCAUGAGAUUCCCAGAAGUCAUGCGAUAUGCGUCAAACGGUAUUCCAAUAGCUCCCGCCAGCUGGAUGCAAAGUAUGGCGACCUCACCAACAUGAUCCGAGGUUUGUCAGAGAAACAUCAAGCCUUCCUCCCUGGCCGUCGCAGCUCGCAAACCGCUAGCUCCUCAGCAGAGCGCGUGGAGAAAUGGGCGGAGGAGGUCAAACCGCAGCCUCCAGCUGAUAGAGAUGAAGUCAUCGAGAACGACGAGGAACGAAAGGGCCACUUCGACCGGCCUCUACGAGAAGUCCGCGUUGGAGAAUCACCGAGCAGGCCUUGGGGGAUUCACGUUCCUAUUCCACCACCAGCAAUGGAACCUACUACGCAUGCGCCGGCAACCAUGGAACGGUCGACGGAUAAACCGCUUGAUAAUGUUGCAACAAGUGCCGCCAAGGGUCGUUGCCCGUUCGGUCACGGCGGAGGCGUGCCUCCUCCAAACCACCCAGCCAUAGAAACAGAUACGGCUCCUAAAGAGCCUAUUACGACGCCCGACGCCACGAGCACGAACGAAGACAAGGCGACUGAAGUUAAGAAUCCUCCAAAUCUUUCGACAGCCAGCAUCGUGUUCAAUGGGCCAGUAUUUUUCGGGUUCUCCCCAGAACAGACUGCGGAGUUCAUGCAAGAGCUGGCCACUUGGGGCCACAACAAAUCAUGAUCCUGAUAUCCUUUUCUGUUAUUAUCGAUGUGUACUGUGUACUUGCGCGGCUGUUACUAGGACCAAAUCUGUGUACCAAAGCAGCGCGGAGUCUGGGUAAUUGUACAAGUGUACUAAAUAUACUAGUCCUAGGUCAGUCGGUCUCACAUGUGUUGACACCAUAAUACAUUUAUAUGUGCACUCUGUCU